AUGAGUGCUUCAUCCUUAAAAGUCAAAAAAGGUCUGGAUAAGAAACAUCAAGCUACUAUUCUUAAUUUUGGUAGGCAAAGAGGAACUAUCAAUCUCGCUAAGAUUGACGAAUUCCGCCUCAAGUCCACCAUGUCCCGCCGCUCGCCGUUCCUCGCGCACCACCACCCGCACCACCCGGCGGGAAUCGAGGCCUCGUCCGCGGCCGAGAUCGACGACCACCACAAGAUCCGCCGCAUGCGCCGCGCGCUUGAUUCGUCCGACGUCGAGCUCGUCAAGCUCAUGGUAAUGGGCGAGGGGAUCAACCUCGACGAGGCACUCGCGCUGCACUACGCUGUGGGGAACUGCAGCCGUGAGGUCGUCAAGGCUCUGCUGGAGCUCGGCGCCGGCGACGUCAACCACCCGGCGGGGCCCGCCGGGAAGACGCCACUUCACGUCGUGGCCGAGAUGGUGUGCCCAGACAUGGUCGCAGUGCUGCUCGACCACCACGCCGACCCCAACGUACGCACCGUCGACGGCGUCACGCCGCUCGACAUCCUCCGCACGCUCACCUCCGACUUCCUCUUUAAGGGCGCGGUGCCGGGCCUCGCGCACAUCGAGCCCAACAAGCUCCGGCUAUGCCUAGAGCUCGUGCAAUCGGCGGCCAUGGUCAUGUCCCGUGAGGACGCGCACACUGCAGCAGCGCCGGUCAAUGCCGCGCCGAUGUACAGCAAGCCUCCUGGUGGCGCCGGCCCAGUAAAUAACUAAAGACCUGAGGUACCCUAAUGCUCCAUUUGGUUCCUGGAAUUGAAUUGGUUUUCUGGAAUUGGAGAACAAAUUCUAUUUCCUAAUGAAUUGGAAUUGGUCUGUAAUUCUAAUUCUGUUGUUUGGUUGCAAACUGAAUUCGCCUGAUAGAAACCUGAUGCAAUUCAAUUCCUAAACCUGUUUGGAUCUA